AGGAAAGCAGUCAAAAUGAAAGUGCAACUGCCUUCCAGAUGAGGGUGUGGUGCUGGAAGACAACAUGCAGUAUCUGAGCAAUUCAGACCAUUUCACCAGAGCACAUCGCACUCGCAGUACCUGCUAUUAGCCUGCUGACAAAAGAAGUUUUGCCAUGGGCUGGGAUCUGAGUAACUCAACUGAUUACUGGAUUGAGGACGAGGAGGAUGAUGGCAACUUGGUUAUAGAUUACGAUACAUACGAGCUUCUCUGUGAAAAAAGUGAUGUGAGAAACUUCAGUAAAGUAUUCCUCCCCGUGUUCUAUGCACUGGCUUUCACUCUUGGAGUUGCUGGAAAUUCAUUAGUGGUUGCAAUUUAUGCCUAUUGCAAGAAACCGAAGACUAAGACAGAUGUGUACAUCAUGCACCUAGCCAUUGCGGAUCUGCUCUUGCUCUUUACACUCCCCUUCUGGGCUGCAAAUGCAGUGCAGGGAUGGGAACUUGGAAACUCAAUGUGCAAGCUCGCUUCUUCUCUGUACACCAUGAAUUUCAGCUCCAGCAUGCUGUUCCUGGCCUGUAUCAGUGUAGAUAGAUACAAGGCCACUUAUAAAUCUAGGGGUCACAGAAGAAUUGGUCAACACUGCAGCGUUACCUGCAUCUGUGUCUGGCUGACUGCCAUCUUCCUCAGUAUCCCUGAACUGGUAUUUAAUCAAGUCAAGAAACACAAUGACAGGAACGAAUGCUUUCCAGUAUUUCCAAUGAACAUGGAAACGCUCUUAAAAGCAACCAUUCAAAUCCUGGAAAUUAUCCUGGAAUUUCUGCUUCCUUUCCUAGUAAUGCUGAUCUGCUAUUCAGCGACUGCUCGAGCAAUCUUUAGAUCUGCAAGUGCUAAAAAGUCUCGACCUUUCAUGGUCCUGCUGGCAGUAGUGACUACUUUCAUUAUUACCCAGCUACCUUACAACAUUGUCAAGUUCUGGCGAGCCACAGAUAUCAUCUACAUGUUGGUCACUGACUGUGAGACAAGUAAAAGCAUAGAUGUUGCACUCCAGGUCACCAAGAGCAUAGCUUUGUUUCACACUUGCCUGAAUCCUCUUCUCUAUGUCUUUCUGGGAGCCUCUUUUAAAAUGCACAUUAUGAAAAUUGCAAAAAAUUAUGGGUACUGGAGAAGACAACAACAGAAUGGAAGAACUGAAGAGAUUUCUAUGAAUUACGAAGACCAUACUGAAGAAACAACUAGUUUCACUAUAUAGAAUCUCCACUGCUUUCAUUAUCAUCUUAUGUAACCAAGGGAAUUAUUUACUAGUAUUAAUUAUAACUACUAAUAUUGUUAUCCAAAGGCAUUGUUUCAGCAGCUGUUUCUCUGCAAGUCCACUUUCAGAUGACUUUCUGAACCUGCAGACCAGCCAAGUCACUACAGAGCAGUUCAAAGUGGAACAUCUUGAUCAAAAUGAAGCAUCAGGCAAGAACUAAAUACUGAUAUUCCUAGAAACACCUGGAAAUAUAAGCUAGAGAACAAACAACUUGUACAUGUCGAAACAUCUAAUUAAAACAGAAACCAUCAGCAAUAAAGCAGCACUACAGGAUCAUUUGUACCAAAAGAUAAUAAUCUUGUGUUUUCCCAACUGUUUGGUAAAAUUGAUGGAACAUUUACCUAGUAAACCAGUUCCAUUUCUUUCCUCAACUAUCAUUCCAUAGAUAGCCCUGCGGCUUGAAUUAAGGUCUAAGUUCAUGGCUGAGAACUGGGAAGGGGAGACAUUCUCUGUGUGUUUCCAGAUAUGUAUAGUCACAACAACAUCCUCCAUAAACACCACUAACUACCAAAACUAACCUUUCAUGUCUCUUGUUUUGCUCACCCUAAACUUCCACAAGGCCAGUGCCCUAUGGGAGGCACAUUCUAGAUCUCUGUAAAUGCCAGAGCAGUGCAGUCAAAGCAUUAGCACAAAUGUAAGAAAAAGUUAAGUUAAUCUUCAGAUACAGGGCCUGGAAUUUCUAGUCAGACUUUGUAAAAUGAACCAAACACUGCCAUAACUGUGUCUAC